CGCUGAUCUUUCGGAGCAUUAACGAUCAGUAGUACAUUAACCAUUCGUUUACUAUCGUUUAACAAAAAUGGGGUGGACAUUCCUCACGGCUGAUUCCGCUGUGUCCUGGAUGAAUUCGUUAUCGAUUGUGUAUCUAUUUGUUACCAUUGCGGUAUUAUCGGUUAUUCGGUACUGGAAGGAGAUUCAGGAAUACCUGAAAUUCCGAAAGGAAAUGCUUGAAUGUUCGUCGUCACUGCCUGGACCCCCGUCAAUUCCAAUCUUCGGAAAUGCACUUCAAUUUAUUGAUAGCGAUAAAUCUAUUUUCAUUCUUGCACAAAUGAGCCAGGAUAUCAAUGCAGGCACUUUUAAAAUUUGGCUGGGACCGCUAAUGAAAAUUAUCGUUACUGAUCCGAGGGAUUUUGAGAUUAUAAUGGGAAGUCCAAAAGCAGCUGAGAAGGAGAAGGUUUACGAUUUUAUGGAGCCUGUGGUCUGCAACAGCCUCAUAAAUGGAGGAGGGCCGACCUAUCGUGCGCACAAGAAACUCGUGGUGCCACUGAUAAAUGGAGGUAACUUGAUAACAGAGCACAUCAAGCAAUUCAAUAUCCAAACGAAAAUUAUGGUGAACAAAAUGGCUGAGAGAGUUGGAAAUGGAGAAUAUGAUAUUUAUCACACGAUUGUUCCAUGUGUAGCAGACAUUGUAUUCGAAACAAUAUUCGGCAUGCCUGGGAAUGCUCAAAAGGGCGAAGAGAAUAUUCUGAUCGAGGGAACUGAAGUGGUGUUGCAUAUGAUGUACAAGAGAAUGAUAUCAAUGUGGCUGUGGCCAAAUGCCAUCUUCAACCGCACGCAUCUUGGAAGGAAAAUGGUCAGGAUGGUGAAAGAGUUUCACAACCUGUUGGAUGAUAUAGUGGUAAAGAAAAAACGUGACUACACUGAGAUGAAAAAACAAGGAAUAGAUCCAGAUGUGAAGACGAGUGCUGUAUUAGAUCAAAUUAUCUCUCACGUAAUGAAGACUAACUCUUGGACAGAUAAAGAACUUCGAUACGAGAUGUUUACGCUCUUCAUUGGUUCCCACGAUACGAUUGCCGGAGUCAGCUGUUUCGUAGCUCUGGUGCUCGCCAUGUUCCCCGACGUACAGAAAAAAGUCAGAGAGGAGUUGAAGGAUGUGGUGGGAGAUCAUGAUAUCACUGAGGAGGAUGCUACGAAUUUGAAGUAUUUGGAAAUGGUGAUAAAGGAGACUAUCAGGAUUUAUCCAGUUGGGCCGGUUUUAGGGAGGGAGAUGACUGGAGACUUGAAACUAGCAACGUGCACGUUACCGAAAGGUGCAUCCGUGUAUUUGCUGCCCUUCGCGACUCACCGGGACCCCAGGCACUGGACUGAGCCCGAGAAGUUCAUGCCAGAACGAUUCAGCCCGGAGAACUCCAAGGGAAGGCAUCCCUGGGCAUACGUUCCCUUCAGUGGUGGACUCCGCAGUUGUCCAGGCUCGAAAUACGGCAUGAUCUGCAUCAAAGUCCUCAUCGGUCAGAUGGUUCGGUAUUAUGAACUGGAAACCACUGCCAAAUACGAAACUCUUAACAUCCACGCGCACAUAUCAACCCGCUCCAUAGAUGGAUACCCCAUAACUCUGAAGAAGAUCAAGUAGCUGGAGGACAAUGUUAUUGAAAUGUACUCUUGUGAUUUUUGCCCCAGUGUGAAUAUCACAGAUGAACAAUAAAUGAGAUUUAUUUAGAAUAACAUUGACUAGUACAUAGUCAAGUUUUCAAUAAGUGCGUGCAAAGUGAAA